UAGGAAUAUAGAGAAAGAAUGUUUCUAUAAUGUUGUAGUACAUUUGCAAUUCGUUUAAAGAAAAGAAAUACAAAAAAUGAAUAAUACUUUACGAAUUCUAAUUUUUAUUGUCAACUCUAUUUUUGUACUGGCAUCUAGUGACUCCACUAGAAUAGAGCAGCAGAAUGCAGAGGUUGAAAAUUUGAGCACUAUUCUAAUACAGUACGACUCUACUUUUUAUGGCAAUUUCUCUAUAAUUAAAAAUUGUGAUGGAAAUUCACACCGCAUUCAAUAUUUCAAUGACUUCGAGAAAAGUAACUUUGAGUCCUAUAUAACUGAAAGAGAUUUAAUGCAGACACCAAUAAUUUUUUAUAGAAACAUGGUGUUAAAAAAUGCUAAAGACAUCUUGAAGGAAUUAAAGGAUUUUGUUAAUAAAUCAAAAGAUAAGUCCUGCAAAACAGAGACUAAAGUUUUUAGAUACGAAGAGAUAUUUAAUUGGAUUUCAAUGCCUGAUACAUAUAUUGAAAGAAUGUCAUCUAAGGAAUUAAAGAAUGCACUUAAGAUUACUUUACUUCAGUUUAUUCUUACUCUUUAUUCAAACGUUGAAAUGAUUUAUAGUUGUGUUAAUAAACCUUUUGGAAAAGGUCUUGAACAUUAUAACGAUCAGCUUGACAAGAUCACAGAGUUAUAUUUUCCUAAAUCUACAAAUAAUGAUACUAAAAAUCAAAAAGAUAAUUUAAAAGCAGCUUUCAAUUAUCUAUCUUCAUUGUCAUCAAAUAUACACGAUUUUAAUUCAGAAUCAUGUAAAACUAGUAAAAAUUUGGAUUUAUUUGGCAAAAAUUUGAAAAGCAAACUUGAAGCAUUGAAAAAGAAGCUUAAUGAUGAAGAUCUUUUAUCGGAAUCACCAGUGUCUACGACAGUUGCAAUUGACGUAGGAUCUUCUUUAAAUGUAACAUUGAAUAAAAGGAGUGAUGAUUUUUUUUCGCGAUUACCAAUUUCUAAGGGAGUUACAAUUGGUGCGGGAUCUAUUUCUAUUGUAGGUAUAAUAAUUUAUUGUCUUAAUAAUUUAAAAAAAAAUAAGUAAAAAAGGCGAAGAGUAACGUGAAAUUAUUAACAAAUAAAACUGCAUGUAAUUCUUUCACGAGUCAAUAAACUUAAAGUAGUAAUAAA